UUUAUCUGUGCAUUGGAUUGUGGGUAUUGGGCAUGUUGUUGAACAUGUGUUCUUUUUCUGUGCAGGGGUUCAGCGGGGUUGUGCUGUUUGCGUUCAUUGGACUGAAUGCUCAGGUUCUGUAUCUGGAGAACCUCCCUUAUCCUCACCAAACGGACCUUACCAAAAUGUUGCCGUUGCCUGUCCUGAAGCAGUGAUGCCUGCUUUCAGCCCUCCUGCCUCCCUGUUGUGUGUCCUGCUGUGUGCGUCGGUGGCUCUGCAGCGCUCUGACCCGCUCCUGGCUUACGUGACCCACAACAGCCUCUACUACUACUCCUGCAUCCACGACCCUCCGCCCUGCAGCCUGUCAUCGCUCACCGACUGCAGCUGCGAGGACCUCCAGCUGUCCGUGCUGCACCGCAUCCAUUUGCACUCAUCUCCCGUUUUCAGGGUUCGGCGUUUGACUGUUUGGUACUCGUCGAUUUCCAACGCGGCACGCCUGCUCAAUAACUCCGAAGUCAGGCACCUUACUCUGAUCCGCUGUGGCCCAGGUGGAUCCAGAGGGACAUCUUCUCAUGGAUCAGUCCUCCAGGAGGGUUACUUCACUGUGCAGCAUUUGGAACGUCUAACAAUGGUAAAUCUACAAAGGAAGCCAACUCCGGAAGAGAAGCGGGCCAAGAACGCCGACUUGAAUACUGACCCACACCUAAACACAAACAGCUACAAUAGAGUUAGAAACACAAACUUGGAUUUCAUUACAGACACAAUGAGGGAUUCGGACACUCACUUCCUGGAUUCAUCCUCACCUCAGAUCCAAGAUAUUUUCCUGGGGAGGGAGAUCGGAGCAGCAUACUACGAACAGGCCAGACUGGGAAUCAUCCACAGCUCUGUGCUGGAGUGGGGGGCAGAGGUCAAGGCCUACACCGUCCAAACACACAUAGACAGCGACGGACUGCUGCCCUUCCCCGACCUGCAUCUGCCCAGACUACCAGAAACAUCCGUUAUAUAUGUUAGCUUUGUAUACUGACAACAAAUUCUUUUUUUUUUUUUUUUAACAGGAGACAAACCUCAAAAGUGCCAAAAGAACAAUAAGACACAGUGUUCAGCCCAUGCAAACAUUUACACAUCCCAGAGAUUUGUGUUUUCCUUAUGCAUAGCUUUACUUCAGCUAAGAACAAUCUCUGCAUCUGCUUAACAUACAGAAUAAAGUGAUCAUUAGCUCACAGAUUAUAGUGCAUUUAGGUCGGCUUGAAGGUUUUGUACAAGCUGCCAUCUGGGAGAAAAACAAAACAAAUCUCCAUGACAAUGGACAAGAUUUAGCCAUCAGCCAAAACAUCUAAUUAAAGCUCUAUGUAGAUGUGUAAUACUAAAAUAAGAUGCUAAAAAGUCAACUCAGCCAGUCAUAAAAUAUGUCAUUUUGUGUAUUGUGGAACAAAACUGAGGCAUUUUGUUUUUAAUGUCUGUUAAAUGACAUCACCUUGACUGAGCAGGAGUUUUAGCUGAGAUAAUUUCAUGUUUGUUUGUUUUUUUGUUUUUUUUUUGCUGUGUGUACUUUGGACAGCCCUCCUCAUCCAAUAUCUUUCAUAGUGUCCCCAAGUGGCCUGUACUGUUGUCAUUACACUACGCUGUGUGUGUGUGUGUGUGUGUGUGUGUGUGUGUGUGUGUGUGUGUGUGUGUGUGUGUGUGUGUGUGUGUCAGAUUGUUAGAACAAAACAGGAGAAAAGCCAAAUAACCCCGUCACAAGUCAUUCCUCAUGAUUGUGAUAAUGAAAUGAAACAUUCUGGUCAAACAAUGUGAAAUUGUUUGUUUUCCAUUUGUUAUUCAAUAGUAUUUCUGCCUUGAUACUGAAAAUGUCCCUCAUUACUCACCAUCAAGUUGAGUUUAGCAGCUGAUUUAUAUUAGUUUUAGUAAUUUUGCUAAAAACAUGUGAAAAGAUUUAAUGGCUCAUGGUUUUUAAUAAACCUGAAAAUCACUAAUAAUGUCACCAAUACCUGGAUUUAGUUUCAGCUACAACUAAAACACUUUUUGUGGUCAUUCAUUUCAGAUUUAUGAACAUAUAGAGGAAUAACACAACAUAAAUCUGGAUUUAAUUACAGAAUAAACCCCCUCAUCUUUAUCUUUCUAUGACUGAACCUGACUUUUGACCUGUGCUUGAAGGUAAACAGGCUUUUUUUUCACUAGCAAAGUGGUUUUAACCCACAGUGGGAGUCCAUAUAAAUGUGACAGGUGUAUUUCUGAGCUUCAACCACACGAUGGCAGCAGAGACACGUGAGUCGAAACUUAGACUGACAGCAGAAUGAAGAAGGUGAAUAGACUUUUUUUCUUUCUUUUUUUUUUUUUUUUGCUGUUAAAAUCCUCAAAACUCCACAAAUGGUCCAUGUAAGAUUUUAGCACUUUAAAAUCUUGUGAAGAAUGUUUCCGGUACAUCAUCAAGAGUUCUUAGGCUGCUAUUUAUUUGUGAAAAAUGUCAAAUCAUCAGUGUCAUGUGUGUUUAUAAAAAGAAAAAUAAACA